AUGUCGUGGCGGCCUUCAUUCGGAUAUGGCAUGACUCUUGCAUUCGGGUUCCAGUUCCACCCGGGUGUGAAUGAUUACAAGGUGGUAAGGAAGGUAUCAAUUGAUGUAGAGGAGCUUCUCUCUGCAGUGGAGAUUUAUAGUUUAAGCACAAAGUCUUGGAAGAUGGUUGAUGUAAUUCCUCCUUUGAUAAAGAGCAUGAAGUGGGUUUGUGGAUAUGGAAUGUACGCCGGCAAUGAGGUAUUUCAAGAAAUCCAGCUACUGGAGGGUAUUGCCGGUGGGAUUAACUCUGUUGAGGAGUACAAAGAAUCAAUUUGCUUGUUGCAACUCGACAAGGAUGGGCAAGAGGGGCAUAUUAACAUCUGGAUUCUCCAAGAAAAUUAUUUUAAAAAGUUGGUCACUGUUGGUUUUCCUGGAAUGAGUCUUACCCCAUUGGGAUUUAGAAUGAAAAAUGAACUUCUUCUCGAGCUUCAUGAACAAGAUAGUAAAGGAUCUGAUCUGGCUAUAUAUAAUCUUGAGUCCAAGCAGCUCACUCAAACUGGAAUUAGGUUGGUGAAAAAUUACUAUGAUGCCUAUUCUGUGGCUACUUACGUUGAAAGUUUAGUCUUACUCAUGGAUUAG